GAGGGCGGACGGGGCGGGUAAAGUCCCUCCAGGAGCCGGGUGUGUUUAUGAUGGCGUCUGCGGAAGCCGAGGCGGAGCUGGAGAGAGAGAGUCUGAAGGAGCAAGCCAGGCUGCGCUUGAGGGAGUUCGAUGUGGGGGACAAAUUCUCCCACCUGCCGCUGCGCAAAGCCUCCGUCCUGCUGCCGCUGCUGCUGAGGGGCGGGCAGCUGCACCUGCUGCUCACCCUCAGGUCCAUGCAGUUGAGAAGAUCACCAGGAGAAGUGUGUUUUCCAGGGGGUAAAAGAGAAGCAAUUGAUAAAGAUGAAAUUGCUACUGCUCUUCGAGAAGCUAAAGAAGAGGUGGGACUCCAGCCAGAGAAGGUGGAAGUCAUCUGUAGGCUUGUGCCUGGAAUUGAUAAAAUGAACCACUUGGUAACACCAGUUGUAGGAUUUAUAGAAGAUACAUUCCAGGCCACUCCUAAUCCCCAUGAAGUGAGUAAGGUUUUUGUUGUGCCACUGGAGUACUUUGUCAAGCCCAGAAAUUACAACACGUUGCCUUAUAAAACCCCCUCUGGUCGCUCAGGUCGGCUGCACUGCUUUAUAUAUGAUGACCAUGAACAUAAAAUGUCAUUCAAGAUAUGGGGACUUACUGCACAGUUUGCUGUAUUCCUUGCUCUUGUAAUUUUUGGAAAGAGACCUACCUUUGAAGUUGAUUAUGAUCUAGACAACUUAAUUUCAUCCUCUGAGAAUAACUUCAUGAGUUUAUAUGAAUCCUUAUAUGAAAGAAAGAAGAGUAAUCUAUGACAAACUAGUUUGGUAUUUAAUUCAUAUUGAAGGGGAAAAAACUUUUUGUUUAUUCCCUUUGUACCUAUUAUUUGCUUGAAUUUCACACUUGAAUUUCUUCUGAAUUGGGAACUUACUGAAAUUUAUUUUUAAAUUACAUGUUUAAUUUGACAAGCCCUAACUAGAUUAAUUUUUAAUUUGUUAUAGUGCUGCCAAAAGCACGUGAUUGACUUAAUAUUCCGCUUUGGAAGAUCUAUUUCAAUUUCUGCCUUUGUUUUGGGUGAUCUAAGAUGCUUUCUGUGGCUUGCCUUUUGUAUAAUGAGAUAAUACUAUUUUAUCUAAUUCUUGCCUUUUUGAAUUACAGUAUGAGAACUCAUGGGGCUGUGUAUCUUACUUUGUGCCAUGUGACAUAUGGACAACAAACUGUAUACAGUCUUGUGUGUGGUAUCUUUACUAAGCACAAUAAAAAUACAAAAA